AUGCAACCUCCGUCGGCUGCGCCGGCCUCGCCGGCCCCAUCGGCCCACACGGCUACUCCCAGUACUAAAGCUUCUUCGAGAGGGGGCAUGGCCUCUCGUCUGUCUCGCAUGUUCUCCAGCUCGGGCAAACAUGCCUUGACCCGGGACCAUGAUCCCAAUCGUGAUCUUUCCGACAGCAGCACUGAGAGCAUCCAGCCGCAGAACAAAGAAAAACCCACUUCCAAACCCUCAUCCCGCGCAAACUCACAGCCUUCCUCUCGCGCUCCUUCUCGUCAGCCCUCAUUAAAGAAUGAGCCCAUUGAUGGCCAGAAGAAGAAACCCGCCAGUACCAAAGACCAGAAAGACGGCGCUCAGCCACACAAACGAUUCGAGGCGCUAUCCGAUGGAACCGGCUCCCACGUUCACCACCUUCGCAGUGCCCGUCGCCAGGAGAAACUCACCGAUCUCCUACGAGACAUGCUUGGCGGAGGCAGAAAGAAGGGCGAGGAGCACGCGGAUGAGCAGCAGUUGUCUUUGAUGUCGACCUGGAUUGACCAGUUCAAGAGUGAACGUGACAAGCUGGCGUCUGACAAGAAGUGCGGACCGAACGCGACCGCUUCCCUGGUCGACAAGUACGGCAAGUGCCAGGAAGUCGUGGGUCGAGGAGCCUUUGGUAUUGUCCGAAUCUCCCACAAGGUCGACCCAACGGACUCAAAAUGCGAACAACUCUACGCCGUCAAGGAGUUCCGUCGCCGACCCCAGGAGACCGCCAAGCGAUAUCAAAAGCGCCUCACUUCGGAGUUCUGCAUCUCCUCAUCCCUCCGCCACCCCAAUGUCAUUCACACGCUCGAUCUGCUGCAAGACGCCAAGGGUGAUUACUGUGAAGUCAUGGAAUACUGUGCAGGUGGCGAUCUGUACACACUGAUCCUGGCCGCCGGCAAGCUGGAAGUCGCGGAAGCCGACUGUUUCUUCAAGCAGUUGAUGCGCGGCGUCGAGUAUAUGCACGAGAUGGGUGUUGCGCAUCGCGACCUGAAGCCCGAGAAUCUGCUGCUUACUACACACGGUGCCUUGAAGAUCACCGACUUUGGCAACGGCGAGUGCUUCCGUAUGGCAUGGGAGAAAGAAGCUCACAUGACCGCCGGCCUGUGCGGCUCCGCCCCAUAUAUCGCCCCCGAAGAAUACAUCGAGAAGGAGUUCGACCCCCGCGCCGUCGAUCUCUGGGCCACCGGUGUGAUCUACAUGGCUAUGAGAACCGGUCGACACCUGUGGCGGGUGGCGAACAAGGACGAAGAUGAAUUCUACCAGCGCUACCUGGAGGGUCGAAAGCAUGAAGAUGGUUAUGCACCAAUUGAGACAUUGCAUCGGGUAAGCAUCUCCGUUGCUCAUAGCAUGCAGAUCCCAUCCACCGGGUGGAACCGUUAUACUGACUCUCCGCUCUUCUUCCCCUGGUUUAGGCUCGUUGUCGAAAUGUUAUAUACUCCAUCUUGGAUCCCAAUCCAUCUCGCCGCAUCAACGCCUCACAAGUACUCAAGUCUGAGUGGGUCCGCCAAAUAA